CCCACAAAUCAUCAACUUUACACCCCACACAAGCACCUUCUCUCAGAUGAAGCUCCAAAGAUCGCCGUGAACCGCCAUUCCGGAAAAACCCUUGAAAUCCGCAACAAUCGAUUCCGAUCGAAAGAGAACGAAAACCCCAGAUCCGACGACCGCCGCUGAUCAUCAUACACAAGAAGAAAUUAAGAAUGUCGUCGUCUUCAUCUGAUAAAGUUAGGGCUUCGCACAUACUGAUAAAGCACCAAGGAUCUCGUCGUAAGGCGUCCUGGAAGGAUCCAGAAGGUCGUAUCAUCAGCAGCACCACAAGAGAGGCCGCUGUGUCUCAGCUCAAAUCACUCCGUGAUGACAUCGUUUCUGGAAAGUCGAAGUUCGAGGACGUCGCAUCUCGUUACUCCGAUUGCAGCUCUGCUAAGCGCGGUGGAGAUCUCGGAUCAUUUGGAAGGAACCAGAUGCAGAAGCCCUUUGAAGAUGCAACAUACGAAUUGAAGGUUGGUGAAAUAAGUGAGAUUGUGGACACUGACAGUGGUGUUCACAUCAUCUUGAGAACUUGUUAAUUGCAAUUUGCAAAGAUGCUGAUCAAAAUGUAUCAGGUGCAUUCCAGUUUCAGUUUUAUAUCAACACAAUAACACCACGUUUUUUUUUUCCUUGUAUUGUCAUCAUAACCUGAAUUAUGGGAUUAUCAACUUCAGUGACAUCUGAAUCAACUAUUCCCCUCUGGUUUUGGAAUCACCAAUUUCAAUGAUUUUCCCUU